AAUGUGGGGGGCUACGUCAUGGUUAUGCCUCCUCCCCCAGCGUCCCUGUUGAACACCCGUGGUGAAGCAGCGCAUGCUAUUGGGAGGAAGAACCAACUUUGUGGGGUAGCCUACAACACAAAAUAGCUUACUACGCACUGUGAACAUGGCUGCAGUUACAACCAAAGGUACCAAACAAGACUCCACACCGACACACGAGCAAAAUGGAACAUUGGACAAAGGAGAAAACGGGAAUAAGAAGCAGGGCCCCGCAGACUCGAAACAGGAACCGGGUGACAACAAGGACGGACCAGAAAUGGACGUGAGCAACAGAGACAGCAAAGAGGAGAAGCAUUCAGUCGCACCAGAAGAAGUCGCAAAAGAAUCGGUUUUGUCCACGGAAAAUGGUAACAAAGAAGAACCGGCCUGUGAACUAUCUGAACCGGUUAAAAGUCCCGUGGGGGGAAUCCCUGAGAGCAGCACCGAAACCGGGGAGAGCAUCGUGGAGCUGAAACAAGAACAAAGAGAGGAGAGCGCGUCCUCGCCUCCCAGCUCCGACAAGACCAAAAGCGAGGAAUCCACGGAGAAAACCGACCGCGGUGUCAAAAGACGAGCCAGUGUGGAGAUAUCAUCCUCGGAUGGAGAACCUCUCAGUCGAAUGGAUUCGGAAGACAGGAACAGAGCAGGGGAGCAGCUGGAGGCAGGCAGCCUUACGAGUAUCAGCAGUACUCUGAUGGACAUGGAGAGCACAGCGUCCAGCGGGCGCUCCACACCUGCCAUGAUGAAUGGGCACGGCCCUGCCACCGCCACCCCGUCGGUGGGUAAGGGCGUGGCAUACACCUGCUGCUGGGACCAAUGCCAGCUCCUCUUUACCACCAGCCCAGACCUGGCUGAGCACAUCAGGGGCGUGCACGUGGACGGACAACGGGGAGGGGUAUGCAGUGUGUUUGUGUGUCUGUGGAAGGGCUGCAAGGUGUAUAACACCCCGUCGACCAGUCAGAGCUGGCUUCAGAGACACAUGGUCUCACACAGUGGAGACAAACCAUUCAAGUGUGUGGUGGGGGGUUGCAAUGCCACGUUUGCCUCCCAGGGGGGGCUGGCGCGCCACGUACCCACCCACUUCAGCUCCCAGAACUCCAACAAGCUGGCCAAUCAGGGCAAGAUGAAGGAGGAUUCACCUUCGAAGGCGGGGCUUAACAAGAGGCGGAAACUCAAGAAUAAACGCAGGAGGUCUUUACUGUGUUCUGUCCCUCCAGCACGACCUCACGACUUCUUUGAUGCCCAGACCAUGGAUGCUAUCAGACACCGGGCCAUCUGCCUCAACCUGGCUACACAUAUAGAGAGCCUAGGCAACGGACACAGUGUGGUGUUUCACAGCACGGUAAUAGCGAGGAGGAAGGAAGAUUCUGGGAAGGUUAAAGUCCUCCUCCACUGGACUCCCGAGGACAUACUUCCUGAUGUGUGGGUGAAUGAGAGUGACCGGCCGCAGCAGAAGACCAAGGUGGUCCAUCUCUCCCAGUUGCCCCAGGACACACACGUACUGCUGGACCCCAACAUAUACAGGAUGUUCUUCUAGAGACUAAGAACAACCAAUCAAGAGACUUCGAAGGAGCCUGCCGAUAUCACCUCUCAUAGGAAGUCCCUAUGUCAUGUCUUGUCUUGUCUGGACAGGAGUGAAAACCAGAGAUUUCAAUACCUCUUAUUUCCCACUUUUUUCUUGGUUCAAUUUCUGCUCUUUUCACUUUCUUUUCAAUGUCAAAUUCCUCCAAAUGACAAAGUGAAUUUAGUAUUUGUUUUGAAUGGUUUCUGAAAAUACACUAUGUACACAGUAGUGUGUGGACACCCCUACAAAUUAGCAGAUUUGGCUAUUUCAGCCACACCCAUUGCUGACAGAUGUAUUAAAUUGAGCACACAGCCAUGCAAUCUC